CCGGCGUCACCGCGCCAUGAAGUGGCUCUGCGCUUUGCUCCCUGUGGCCUGGCUUCAAGGUGUAGCCUACGCGAGAGUGUUGCGCGCCCUUGGUGACAAAGGCGCCCAGCCCACGUUGCCAGCAAUACCAGUCGGCAACGAUGAUGACGAGUACUACCUUGAGGACACGGGCGAGAAGGAGUACUAUUACUACGAUCAGGACGAAUACUACGAAUACUUUCAGGACAGGAAGCCCAUUGCGUCUUUGCGUAACCGUAGAAUGGAAAAGGCGAUCAGAAAACUGCGACGCCUUGCUCAAGCAGCGUCCGUGCAAGGAUGCAAUGAAACCGAACUUGUAAAUGCAAGAAAUUUGUGUGAAAGAAAAAUAACCUUGGCCAAAAAGAUUCGCAGCACGGGACCGUCUAACAAGAAAAUGCGGUCAAUCCACCGGAGAAGAGUUUGCAGGUUAGUGACUGCGUACGCUGAUUGCAUAUCAGCCAUAGCGCCCAAUGGCGAAUGCCCGGACAUUGCCUUCAAAUUGAAGACGGACGCGCAGCGGAGUGUCCACAUAGAAGGGUUUCAAGUGUGUCGUUCCUCGGGCACUGAGCCUAUAGUUUGGCUCUUCUUGGUUGCAGCUUGCAUCUACGUCCAAAGGCUGUGGCCAAAUUAA